AUGGGCAAGUGGUCUCAGAGGGAGUACGAUGAUGUGUUGGUGGCAAAGGUGAUGGAUCUCUUUGAGGGAUCAGUCAAACGUGUCGAAAGGAAAAUGUCAGGUACAAGUGUCAUGCCUGAUAAACGAUUCCGAACAUUCGUACAACAACUAGACCCAAAGGAUAUACUUAUACAGAGAGCUUUUGAUUCGAUCGUCGAUAACCACUUUUACUCCAGGCGGGCUGAAAUUCCGACCCGUACCACUAAUCGACUCUCGACCGCAACUACCUCAAUGGGACCUACUGGACUUCCUAUACCGACAGACAGAAGAUUACCUAUAAGGACUGAACCAUCUUUGAGACGAUCAACAACCUCAUUAUCGAAUCUUCGAAGGAACUUCAUCGGCGACGAACUCCCUAAUGAUAUAGAUUUCAGUUCGGAUCAAUUUUCCGAUAUCUCACCUCCGCCCAUAUCUCUCAGCCGAGCUAGAAAUCCUCGGCCAAUCCCUGUUCCUAUGACCAGAUCUGUCAACGCUACUAACACCACACACGACAUAGGCGAACCUGCCAGUCCGCCAAAUGAAGCUAGUAGGCAUUGGUUAGAAGAAUACACCCAACAUACCGAUCCUCAACCUAGGUCAGGCUCGCCCAGCAGGAUUACUCGAUAUCCUCGUACCGUCAUACGUUCGCCUAUACCGCAACCUGAGUCCGACUCGGAUGCCACGUCCGUGCCGGACGAGUUCGACACCUUACUUGAUAGACCACAAAGCCCAGAAAUGAUUAAUAUGAAUCGGAUUAUUGGAAGGAGAAGGAGAAGGAUUGAGAUAGAUGAUACCGACAGCGAAUCGGAAGCAUUCGACUUGGCACGCCAUAGGAAUAGGAGUAGAAGAAGAUUGGAAAAUGUGGCGUCAGCAGCAUUACGAGAAAUCGAGGAAGCACGUACAGGUCAUGCACAGUCUCAACCUCGAGCCGAAAGGGAAAGACGACUUCGAACCGCAGGUCCUUCACCUCAUAAUGAUUUCCGACUCAGCUACGUCCCGCCGCCUAUCUCCUAUUCACCUACUCUACCUUCGUCCAAUCUGGAAAGGGAAAAUAACGAUGUUGACGUACCACGAGUCGAACACGGAGAUCGAGAAAAUAGGAGAAAUGGAGUGGUUUUCGAUGAAAUCGCUAUGCGAACAUUAUUUGAAGAUAUUCCCACACCUACUAUUGAACACAUCGAUGUGCCCCUUACUCCCGCGGGAAAUAUGGGAGCUGCGCGAAACGAAGCUGCUAGAGAGGGCGCAGAUGAUGAAGAGAGGAUAAGAAGGGAACUUGAAGAUGAUUUAGUUCAGGCUCAUUAUCGAACUGAAUUAUUUGGAGAUAUCGAUAGACCACUCCCGGCUUUUGAUCCCUUCCAUGAUCCCUAA